GCGCAUGGGUCUAUAUCAGCUCGUACGCGCGCGUGUGUGUGAUAGCAGGUUGCAAGUCGGACGAACAGAUUUAUAAGAGUAAAAUAGAGUAAAACAACUCUCGAACCGAACCGUACUCAACUCAGCUGAAGUCUAUAGAGCGUGCUAUGGCAGACGAGGGCGUCGGUCAGAUGUCGAUCAAAGAGCUGUACGUGUCUGAAACACAGGGCAGUGAUGAGGAUGGAAACGGAUCAGAGCAGAAACCCUUUAAAACGCCUCUCAAGGCACUGAUGUUUGUUGGAAAAGAACCUUUUCCAGUGAUCUAUGUGGACUCGCAGAAGGAAGGAGAGCGUUGGGCCGUCAUCUCUAAGACUCAAAUGAAGAACGCAAAGAAGCUCUUCAGUUCAAAGCAAAUGAAGAGUGAGAGCAAAGAUAAGAAAGAGGCUGAAGAUGCUGAACGCAGAGAGAAGAAUCUGGAGGAAGCGAAAAAGAUCAUCAUUGAGAACGACGCCAGCCUUCCCGAACCCAAAACCGUGAAGAUUGAUAAACUGGAGUCGCUCAGAGAGCAGCGGGUGAAGGUGUUUGGUUGGGUCCAUCGGUUGAGAAGACAAGGAAAGAACCUGCUGUUUAUUGUUCUGCGUGACGGAACCGGUUUCCUGCAGUGCGUUCUUACGGACAAACUGUGUCAGUGUUAUAAUGGACUGGUGUUGUCUACCGAGAGCACCGUUGCUCUGUAUGGAACUGUGAAACCUGUUCCUGCGGGCAAACAGGCUCCGGGCGGCCAUGAGCUGCACUGUGAUUUCUGGGAGCUGAUCGGUCUCGCUCCGGCCGGCGGAGCCGAUAACCUGCUGAACGAGGACUCUGACGUGGACGUGCAGCUGAACAACAGGCACAUGAUGAUCCGUGGGGAGAACGUCUCCAAGAUCCUGAGAGUCCGAUCUGCUGUCACGCAGUGUUUCCGGGAUCAUUUCUUCAGCCGGGAUUACUGCGAGAUAACUCCGCCCACUCUGGUGCAGACGCAGGUGGAGGGCGGCUCCACCCUCUUCAGCCUCAACUAUUUCGGUGAGAACGCGUACCUGACGCAGUCCUCUCAGCUCUACCUGGAGACCUGCAUCCCUGCGCUGGGCGACACCUUCUGCAUCGCGCAGUCGUACCGCGCCGAGCAGUCGCGCACCCGCAGGCACCUGUCCGAGUACACCCACAUUGAGGCUGAGUGUCCCUUCAUAUCCUAUGAGGACCUUCUGAACCGGUUGGAGGAUCUGGUGUGCGAUGUGGUCGACAGGGUCUUGAAGUCUCCUGCUGCGCAGCUGCUCUACGACCUCAACCCGGACUUCAAGCCUCCCAAACGGCCGUUCAAGAGGAUGAACUACACCGACGCCAUUGUGUGGCUGAAAGAGCACAACAUCAAGAAGGACGACGGGACGUUCUAUGAGUUUGGAGAGGAUAUCCCAGAAGCCCCUGAGCGACUGAUGACGGACACCAUUAACGAGACCAUCCUGCUGUGUCGUUUCCCAGCCGAGAUCAAAUCCUUCUACAUGCAGCGCUGCCCUGAGGACCGUCGCCUCACCGAAUCGGUGGAUGUGCUGAUGCCCAACGUCGGUGAGAUUGUGGGAGGCUCCAUGCGUAUCUGGGACGCUGAGGAGCUCCUGGAAGGAUAUAAGAGAGAGGGAAUCGACUCCACACCCUACUACUGGUACACCGACCAGAGGAAGUUCGGGACGUGUCCUCACGGCGGAUACGGUCUGGGUCUGGAGCGAUUCCUCACCUGGCUGCUGAACCGACACCACAUUCGUGACGUCUGUCUGUAUCCGCGCUUCAUCCAGCGCUGCCGGCCUUAAAAACACACACAGGCGUCCACCCUCACUACAAGACCAACUCUGAAGUCAAAUCACUCUCAUUGUCUGUGACCACAUUAAUACCUCUGAUCUAAAUCACUGAGAUCAUGCACCUGUGCUUGUUUCCAUUAGAGGGCAGCAGAGACUGCUGUUUACUCUUAUAAUGCACAUGACCGGGAACAAUUAAUAAUCUAAUAUCUUCAAGCAAUAACAGUCGAGGCAAUAAAAUAGUAUUUUUGAUAAUGAUUAUUAAUGACUAUCUGAUUAACAAAUGAAUAAGAACAUUGUGAUGAUUAAAAUGAACUCAAAAGAACAUUGUGAACACUGAAAAUAUAUUUCCUUGUGGCAGAACCAGUUACAGCAGGAAAAACCUGUUAAAAACAGUCGGCUUUUCUUUCACUUCCUUGUAAUUCAAGCACAUGGUUUUUCUGCUUGUGGAUGGGAUUUUAGAAAAUGUCAUUAAUAAGGUAAUUUGCUUUCACAUGCAGAAGGUUUUUUAUUUUUAUAUAUAGAAGGCUCCUCAAAUGCAAACUCAUUUAUAUUUUAUUUAUCAUUUGCUCAUUUUAUUAUUCCAUUUAAUAUUUUAUAAUAAUCACCUAAAUCAUUUACUCAUUUUACUGACUAGACAUUUAUAUUAAUAUUUUGUUAUUGUUGAUUAAUUAGUUUCAGGAGAUAUUCGUGUUCAAGAGAAAGUCUUUAAGGUUUUUAACAUCACAGGAUACUGUUGUGAAUCAGUUUGUGGUUUAAUAACACUGGAUUUGUGUUCGUCAGAUGACUCAGAUUAUGUAAUAAACUGAUGCUUUUAAUCAUCUUUA